AGUUUUUGCCUUGUUUGUAUUUGAAGGGUUAUAUUUUUAAAGACAAAAUCGAAUUAUUUGGUUUUUAACAUAUAAAAAUAAAAGCAUUGGUUUGUGGUUGUUUUUUCUUAGGAAAAAACGGGAUGUGUACGCCAGAUAUUAGAGUUGAUCAAUCUUCAUUGCGUUUUCAUACUCGAAAACAAUCGUCACCCUUAAGAUCUGCACAAACUAAAUAUAACUCAGAUAUGAUGUGUGAUUAUAUGGAUGAUACGGAUCCUGGCGUUAUUUUUAAAUUCCGGUUUUUAUGGCCUUUUAAUAGAAGAGAUGUGCGUCAAUUAUCACCAACAUCAAGCAUUUCUUCCAGUAGUGACCAUAGUAAUGAAUCGGUUUUUAAGUCAUCAUCAUAUUCUUAUUCUUCUGGCUCCUUAUCUUGCAAUGUGAGUUCAUUUCCAUGUUUGCUUGGUCAAAUUAUCGAUCAUGAACGGCAAAAACGAUCUAAAUUGCCGAGUGAUUUAUUUGAGUUUGAAGAGGAUACUAAGCGGGCAUCUGGUGCAAUUAUAUUGGCCAGUAAACGGCUUCAAUGUAUCGUAAAGGACAAUGAAAAAAGACCAGCAAAUACUACAAAUAAUGAAUCUGGACGUAAAAAAUUAAAGUCGCCUUUUAUUUAUCAUGUUUCGUUGGGCGUUUCUUCUGCGUAUCCGGAUACAGAUUUGGAAUUUUGGAGGAAUAAUUUGCAAAAACAGAUGAGCCUCAGACAUCGUAAUUCUUGUCGGGUUUUUAAGAAAACCAAUAAACAAACAAUAACGGCGUCCCCUAAGCUUCGUUCUCGAUCAGUUGCUUCUAAAACCUCUGUUAUUAAAGUUCCUGAUUUUCAACCAUCUCCUGUUACACCGUCAAAUUCUGUUUCGAAUAUAGUGGGGCAGGCUGCUACUCCUGAACGGCGUUGUAUAUCCUGUGGAUCUUCUAGCACACCUUGUUGGAGACCAAGCUGGUACGGAAAUACGGGAUUACUAUGUAAUAGUUGUGGUUUAAGGUAUAAGAAGAUAGGCGUUCGUUGUUUGAAUAAAAAUUGUCGGCAUAUUCCUUUACGUUCAGAAUUUAGGGAGAUGAAAAGUAGAGUGAAUGGCAAUUCCACGAUUGAUUGUAUUAAAUGUGGAGGAGAAGUAAAAAUCAGAGGCUAA